CUCCAACCAGCUAUCUCAACCAUCUGCAAAUCACCGUCAUCCUUUGCGACAAAUAAUGUACCAGUAAUCAUCCUGCUGGACUUGUCCAGCCUGUGCAUAUUAGCAGCCUCGAUGCUUGUCACACCUUCUCAUUCGACUAUGCCUCGUCACUUCUCUUGAUCGCAUCCACCAUACCCACCAUAUCACCAUUGGAAGAUCGUCCCAACCCCGUCAAGAUACACCUAUUACAUAUCGCAUCACCAUGCCCGCCUCAUCGCCGUCCCCUAUGAAGCGCCCUUCGUUGAACGAACGUACAUCCUCCACCGUCUCCUUGUCUUCCUCGGGCAAGCAGGCCACCACCCACAAAGUCCAUCGUCCCCAUGUCGUUAAUCGACACUCGAGAAAUGCUUCCCAUGGAAAAGGAUUGAGCAAAUUGGGCAAAGUGCAUUCCACAGCCACUUUGGCAGCUGAUACUGCGCGCCAUCAACAUCAACGCAAACGAUCAGGAGGAGGUACCCCGCCUCAGAGCCCCGGGGCCUCCCUCGUGCGCAGAAACACCUCUCAUGCCCAUCUGCCCAAGAAUUCCUCCCAUGGCAAUCUACGCAAGAACCAUUCCGCAAACACCCUGGCUCGAAAUCUGUCACAUCCUGCCCUCAAGAAGAUCGGUCUGGCGCCUGCGCCCAAAUCCAAAGCUCGCGGGGAUGGCAAGGAUGGUGUCUUCCAAAUCGGCGAUCACUCCUCGGAAGAUGAAGAAGAAGGCGAGUGGGAAGAUUCAACCACGCAUUCGCCCGAGAUGACGCGGAACAAUUCCAAGACGUCGACACCUGCACGAGCUGGUACACCCAACGGUGAGGGGCACUCGCAGAGGCCGACCAACCUUGGACAUGUGGAACUUGGGCUUCGGAAGAACAAUCGCUCUGCGCCCAAUUUGAUCAUGGUCAGUUCCCCCUCGCCAGACCAGCUUCCUUCUGAGCCACCGUUGCUCCACCAAAACCCUCGCUCGUCACGGGCACCGCCUGCAAUGUCAACCAUCUCAGCCCGAGCAGGCCCAGCUCAAAUCACCCGAACCGAUUCUUCUCGCUCAUUCUCUCGUGUCGAACACGUGGAAACUGCCUCGAUGAACCCAACUCCAACCAUGUCCAACGCAGCCGCAUCAUCCUCGGUGGAUGGCGGCGUUUCCCGGUUUCUGUCUCAGGAUAUACCCAAGCCCGCGCCGCGUGUCGUCCAGGACGAAUCUGAUUCCGAUUCCUCGACUGAAUUCCUUUCGAAUUACAAGCCACAGCCUUCCGAAAGCCCGGAGAAACCUCGGUCUAUACACAAGGCACGCACAACCUCUCAAACACAAUCGCGAACACAGCAAAAGCUUGAUUUGCAAAGGAGAGAGAUGGUACGACUGGGGGCCUCGACUAUGAACACACCGCCCACGCCUGGGUUGGGACUGGACCUUGGAUCUUCCACGUCUCUCCACAGCCGCACAGGGUCGCGGAGCCGAACUCGAAAUUUGGGAGGUGGUCGGUCUUACAUGGGAGAAUCUCGGGCAACACAACAGGAAUACGAUGUUGCAGUCAAACAACUCAGCGUGGUGCGGAGGUUCAGAAGUCCCAUCGUCGAGAGUGUGGUUCGACUCAAGGAGAACGGGGUGUUCCCUGAGCAUGUCGGGCUGACUCCUGCCGGCGGUCCAUUUUCCAAAGGUCGACCACAAAGUCGGCGGGGUCCGAGCACUAACAGCGUUCAAACCGCCGGCAAAUCAGGACUCAGCCGAAGUUUUGAGGAUCAAACAACUGGGUUCCCAGCAUCUCGAUCCUCGACUGGGGGCAGAAGCUCCCGGGUCCACUUCCAACGACAGACCAGCCACGACGACAUCGAGGUGACGCCGUCGCAAGGCAGCCCGGGCGGUUCACAGGAAGAGGAUCACGACGGCCUUUCGCCAGAAGAGGCACUUUUACGACGGAUAUGGGAGAGUCGAGAGCUGUACGAUUCGGCGGAAUUUGUCACACCGGGAUGAGUGGGGCGUUGAUGGGACGGUGAGACAGGCCGGAUAGACGAUGGCUCGAUCUUGGAUGAAGCGAAUGAUUGUGGGUUUCUUGCUGCGUUCAAGCGAGUUUGUGACUCGGGUUUAGCCAGCCAACUUGGCAGAUAAUAUCGAUGGCUAGCGAGGUAGAAUUGUCGCCGCGGCCCCAUCGUCGUCCACUACAUGUAUUUUAGUAACCCACAAACGGGACGAGUUGGCUCGGCACAAGUCAAAGUAUGGAUCUAUGUAUA